AUGUCUACAAUAGUCAGUAGCAUGAAAGAUAUGCAAUACGAUUUAUCCAAAUCAGAAACAGUGGAAGAUGAAUUCGACAUCUUCGGGAAACACAUUGCGAAGCAAUUAAGAACCCUUUCUACAGAACAGGUUAUCCUAGGCCAAGAAGAAAUUCAGAGUGUGAUAACAAAAUGUCGACUACACGAUUUGAAAUACGGAAAUAUGACAGUCCUAAAUAUUCUGCAAACACACAUGCCAGUGACAAUUCGUCAAGGCCAAGUAACAAUUAUACGUCAAGACCAAGUACGAGUAGUAGUACUUAUAUGCCAUUGA